AUGAUACCAAUACUCUACGAUAAAUUAGUUUAUAUUUAUUUUGUCGCUGAUCGUGGACCAGCAACAAAAUUCUUGUCAAUCUUAGAAAGUAGUCAUAAACGUUUCUCGUCCAAUCAGCUUAUAUUCAUCUGUGAUGAUGAUCAUUACUAUCAUUCACAUACAUUUUCCACAUUGCUCUUCUAUGAACAACUAUUUAAAGACGCUGUUAUCGGAUUUCGAGGUUGGAGAAUACGUAAAGAUUUGAGAUGGGGCGUCGAAAAGUUAGAGAAAUUUUGGCAUAUUGUUGCAACGAAUCGGAUUUCUGAACCGUAUCGUGUCGGUAUUGUCACUGCUAACUAUGGUUAUCUCAUUAAACCGCGCUUUUUCGAUGAACACAUUUAUGUUGAUUACACAAAGGUUAGUAAAAGCAUUUCGUUGGUCGAUGACAUAUGGCUGAACGGUCAUUUAGCUCGUCGAAAUGUUGCUCGUUACGUUUUACCAUCGUGUUGUUCUCAGAUUCAUAUUGCUGAAACACAUGCACUUGAAAAACAAUUAGCGAGUAAAAAUCUAACACGACAACAAGCAAAUGAUCGCGCUUUGUAUUAUUUUAAAGAUUACUGGGAACGUGAUCUAUUUUAUAAGCGAAAUGGCACAAAUCAUCCAAAAUACACUUCUUCAAUAAGAGGAGUUCUCUUUCAGACUAAACUGGUAUCACGAUCUGGUAUUAAUUAUUGUGCUUGA